CCCAUAUGGUAUGGGCUAACAUAUGGUGCUCUUUCAGGUUCACCAUGAAUUCACGACCACAUAAACAGUCGAUGUCUGAGCUCAAACUUCGGCGCUUGAACGAGCAUAUCCAGCGGCUCCGAGAUGACCUUGCACGCCCAAGGAUACGGGUCAGUGAGGCUAGCGCUAGCCUGAUCAACUACUGCAAAAAUACGAAAGAUCAUCUCGUUCCAUCUGUGUGGGGGCCAGUGGGUAAAGGCGAAGACCCUUACGCGCCACCAGCUCAGGGUUGCAAUUGCACCAUUAUGUGAAGCUUUCACUCCUUCGACCACGAACCCGACCUCGCCCACGCCGAAAGGCGCCGCACGCACUCCAGCGUCUUCCACAUUCCGGUCACCUUCAUGUCGUGAUAUCCCCUUGCACCCCUCACGAUCACUUCGCUCACAAAGUUAUUCCACCUUGCACUCCUUCCAUCCACUGCAUACGUGUUCCUGCCUGCUGUCUUAAUGGUAACUUUUUUCUACUAUUUAUUCAUGUUUGGGUUCUGCUAUACUAGCCCCAUUCUACGAAUGUUACAUUUACAUGCUGUUCCCAUAUGAUGGUUCCAUCCAGCCGAAUAAAAGAGCAGUUGAUUUGCGAUAACACUCAUAC